AUGGAGCUCAUUACUAUGGAAGAAUAUAAUAAAGUAACAAAACAAAUUGAAGAAGGUCACGUUGAUGUGAAUUCUAGGUAUGUGUUGAGAAAAUUCGGAGAAGUCUCGAUCCUUCAUAUUGCUGUAUAUAUGAAGGAUUAUAAAUUUAUUAGCUAUCUUCUAAAUAAACACGUGGACGUGACCAUCAACGAGGCCAGCUGCGGUACAGUUUUACAUCUCGCAGUUUCCGAGAAACUGAAGAACUUGGCCAUAUUCAGGAUUCUCAAUGCAGGCGCUGAUGUCAACGCCCAGGAUUCUGCCGGGAACACUGCACUCCAUCUCGCAGUCAAAGGAAACCAAGUCAAAAUCGCCAUGAUGCUACUAGAACAUGGAGCCAACGUCGACGUGACUUGUUUUCCAACCAGGAAGAUUGAUUGUUGGGCUCCUCUGGACCUUGCUAUCAUCGAGAACAAGUUGGAGCUCAUAGAAUUACUUUUGACUUACGAGUUAGAUAUCGACUGCAGGUCGAAAGUAAGAUACCCUCCUUUGGUGAUAGCGAGUCUCUAUGGGUCUGACACAGCCAUGGAGAUGAUUCUACGAAGAGGAGCAGACGUCAACUACUGCAAGGAAGAAGGUCUGAUAACAGAGUUUCCACUGCAGGCUGCUGUCAUUUCUGGGGACCUAAGCAAGAUCAAGAUUCUACUGAGGAGUAUCAAUGUCCAGGUUGACAAAAAGAACCUGGGUGGAGAGACUUCUCUCUAUUAUGCCAUGAGCUCUCCGAAGGACAGUUGUCUUCAAUAUCUCCUGGACGUUGGAGCUGAUGUCAACUUGUUAAACAAUCGCGGUCAGUUGCCUCUUGAGUCAAAUGAUCGGGAAAGUGCAGCGAGCAAAAGGCUGUUACUCAAACAUCAUCUGGUGAAAUUGGACACAGCUGGAUGUCGGCUUGCGGAAGGAAACUUGAAGGCCAUCCAAGAGAAGGAGUUCGAAGAUUUGAGGUUAAAGUGCGCCAAAGAAGUGGAGGAACUGAAACAGACAUUCGUUGGAUUGAGAAAUUUCAGUUUGUUCUCGGUUCUUCAUAGGAACGUGCAUUGGUUAGCAAGAAAACUGAAGCGGAUCGAAGAAGGAGAUGUUUUAAAUUCAAACAUUCGUGAGUGCUUUCCGCUGUAUGGAAAUAUGCUACAUUAUAAGUUAAAGAUGGGAGCUAAUAGGAAGCAAUUGUUGAUCAAUGUUGAAGAGUUGGUCAACGAUAUUUUUCUACAUGAACUCCCAGUUACGUUUGUGAGAAAUAUAAGUAGCUAUUUAACCAAUGAGGAUUUGGAGGUAAUCAACGAAGAUAAAUCAAGCUACAGUCUUUGGGUGUAA